UGCCAGAGUCUCAAACCCCAGGGUGGCCAGACGGCGAAGGAUAAAAGGCGUUAGAUUUAUCCGGACUCACAAAAACAGCUGAAGUCAAUCAAAGUUUAAAAUCGUAAAAGAGUAAAAAAUUUUAAUUAUGUUUCGAAUCCAUUGCAACCAGUGUUUUCGUCGACGCUCUGUUGAGCCAGAAGUGAUCUUUCACAUGACCCAAUGCCAACACGUCAUUUGUGCGUUCUGUUUGAACGACUCGUCCUCAGAAAAAAAGUGUCCCGUAUGCAAGCGGGAGCUUCAAGCGAUCCCUAUAAACCGCAAUUUGCCCCGAAACGUGGCCAAUUACUUCGAGGACCCUCUUCAAUUUCAUCAGCUCUACCGCAAGAUCAGCAAGUUUCAGUCCAACCAACGGGCAUCGGAUAAUAUGGGAUUCUAUCGCCAAAUGAAGCAGCACGAGAACAAUAAACUUCGCCUGGAGGGUUUUUGCAAGAUGGAGGCGCAAUUUAACAACCAGAUCCAAAAGGAGAAGAAACGGAUUGCAGACCUGCGCGCCUACAUUAAAUACCACGAGGAUGAGUCCCUAAAAAGACGGCGGCUCAGCAUAGAUAAUAAAUCCCACACUAUGGAGACCUGUAAACCUUGCAGCAGUGAGAGACUUCGCCUCCGUCCACGGACACCUUCUGUUACCACAUCGGAUAACACCCAGUCGGAUGAGAAUAUGGAGGGUUUCCGUCUAGACUCGGACAUGGAGUGCCCAGAGGACCAACCAAACCGAUCUUUCGGUGAAGAUAUAAAAGAUUUUCGUAUUUAAUAAAUUCUAGUAGUUUAAUGAAAUAUUUAAAAAAUUUCUCAUUAAUUAAAUUAUCCCAUUAUCACCAUACACCCAAAAAUGGUGUGAUUUAUAGUAGAUUAUCUAUCUACAUUAUCUUUCAUGACCUUAAAUUUCUACUAACUUAUCAAGAAAGCGAACAAACUAUUAAUAGUAUCCAACAGCUUUCAAUGAUUUUGUAGCUUUAAAACGUUUUAAUCUAACCAAUUCAAUGUUCAAAUUCAUUAGAGCGUUAAUCUAUAUUACCCCUGGCGUUAUGGAUAAUCAUGUACCUUAAAGAAAUGUAUUUUUCGCUUUAAAGCAGAAAAGUCUAGUUUACGUAGAAUCUAACUGAAAAGGGUUUACU